AUGGCGGUCUAUUUCUCCCCAGGCUGCAAGCGGAGGCGCCAAAGCGGCUAUGACCCCUUCCUGAUCGCCUUGGCCCCCAGCGAUCAGUUGGCCAACUCCUACGUCUCCCAGGGCCUCCCGGGCUUCCUGAACUUCCUGACCGUGGUGAGCAGGAGCAACGAGACAGGCCACGUCCUGCUGGAUGAGAAGGCGGGCCUGCACGGCGCCACGUGGAAAGCCAUCCCCGGCUCGGAAUACUCCUGGGUGGAGAUCGCGCUGGGCUUGGACCAUGGGAAGCACGAGGUCCGCACGGCCCCGGGACAGGGCAUCGCCGUCUACAAGUUUGGGGUGGCCAACAUGAACGCUUACGGGAGCCAGGCCAAUGCCGAAGGCCAGCAAGGGGCACACGAUCAAUGUUACCGCUCACAGUGUGGGGGCCAGGAGCCCUGCACACAGCAGAAUGGCAGCCUUUGCUGGGUGUUUGGGGACCCACACUAUCGGACUUUCGAUGGGAUGACGUUUGACUUCCAGGGAACCUGCUCCUAUACCCUCGCCACGCGCUGUGGUAAUGACAGCUCGAUGCCAGCCUUUGAGAUCCAAACCAAGAAUGAGAAUCACGGAACUAACUGGGUGUCUGUUGUCCAGAUGGUCACCGUAAAUGUCCAUGGUCACACUGUCACUGCCGGCAGACAGGGCAACGGCAAAAUCACGGUGAGUAACCUGUCCUUCGACACUAUCCCCAACUCUGAGGAUCUCUGCAUCAUCUGUAAGCUCACUAAAACACCUAUCUACAUUGUCAUCCGAGUUGGUCCCCUGUUCCUGCUUUCUCCCCGAUAUCCUUCGAUCCCUUUAUUCCUAAAAACCCACUGCCUCCUGCCCCUGCCCCCUGCCUCCUGCCCCCAGCCCCCUGCCUCCUGCCCCAUCCCACUGCCUCCUGCCCCCUGCCUCCUGCCCCCUGCCUCCUGCCCCCAGCCCGCUGCCUCCUGCCCCCUGCCUCCUGCCCCCAGCCCACUGCCUCCUGCCCCCUGCCCCCUGCCUCCUGCCCCCUGCCCCCUGCCUCCAGCCCCCUGCCUCCUGCCCCAUCCCACUGCCUCCUGCCCCCUGCCUCCUGCCCGCUGCCUCCUGCCCCCAGCCCGCUGCCUCCUGCCCCCUGCCUCCUGCCCCCUGCCCCCUGCCUCCUGCCCCCAGCCCCCUGCCUCCUGCCCCAUCCCACUGCCUCCUGCCCCCUGCCUCCUGCCCCCAGCCCGCUGCCUCCUGCCCCCUGCCUCCUGCCCCCAGCCCACUGCCUCCUGCCCCCUGCCCCCUGCCUCCUGCCCGCUGUCUCCUGCCCCCUGCCCCGAGCUGGAUACCCAGACCCUUUGUCUGGAGGGGGGUAAGCUCAAUGUGUACCACAGUGGGGCCUACAUUGUCCUGGAGACAGACUUCCACCUGAGAGUGAUUUACGACUGGAACAGCCACUUGGUGGUGAAGAUUCCCACAGAUUACUCCGGCAAAGUCUGUGGCCUGUGUGGUAACUUCGACAGAGACGCCAGGAUUGAGUUCCUCACUCCGUCUGGGACCCUGGCCCCCAACCCCCUGGAGUUUGGCAGGAGCUGGAGGGUCGAUGCGGCCAACGCCACAUGCUGGGAUGACUGCAAAGGGCCCUGCAAGGCCUGUGAGGCCGGAGCGAGGAACUGGGACCAAGACCCCAAGUCCUGCGGCCUACUGGCGCAGGCCGGGGGCCCCUUCCGCGAAUGCCACUCCACCGUCAAGCCUGACCAGUUCGUCCAGGGGUGUGCCCACGAUCUGUGCCGCUCCCAGGGCUUCCAUCGCUUCCUGUGCCAGGCCAUGAAGGCCUACACGGAAAUCUGCCAACGGCAGGGCCUCAGGAUCCACGAAUGGAGGAGCCUGGUCAAUUGUCCCCUGCAGUGCCCAGAGAACAGUCACUACGAGGCCUGUGGCACGGCCUGCCCUGCCACUUGCUCCGACCCCAAGGCCCCCGCCACAUGCCAGCUGGCAUGCGUCGAGUCCUGCGUGUGCAACCAGGGGUACGUGCUGAGCGUUGGGCAAUGCAUCCCUGCGGAAAAGUGCGGAUGCACCUAUAACGGGCGCUACUACAAGGCAGGACAGAGCUUCUGGGAGGACCACGAGUGCCAGAGCAGGUGCCAAUGUGAUGCGCACAGUAAGAAGGUGGAGUGCGUGAGCCGGAGCUGUGGCACCUUCGAGAAGUGCCGAGUGGUGAAGGGAGUGAGGGGGUGCCAUGCCAUCUCGUAUUCCACCUGCACCGCAGUGGGGGACCCGCACUAUCACACCUUCGACAACCUCAAGUUCGACUUCAUGGGGACCUGCGUCUACCAGUUCACCUCCUUCUGCUCCAACCGCACAGACCUGGUCCCCUUCGACAUCCAGGUUCAGAACGAGAACCGCGUCAACAAGGCCGUCUCCUUCACCAGGCUCAGCUGGGUCGUCGUCUACGGCACAACCAUCGUGUUCUCCCGGGAGCACGUCAGCAAGGCACUGGUCAACGGGAUCCUGGAGAACCUGCCCAUUACCCUGGAGAAUGGUAAGAUCAAUAUUUACAAGAGCUGCCGAGGGGCCACGCUGGAGACAGACUUUGGGAUGCGAGUGACCUUCGACUUCCGGAGCCGAAUCGCGGUGACCCUUCCCGGCACGUAUGUGGGGUCGGUGUGCGGGCUGUGCGGCAACUUUGAUGGGAAGGCGAAAGGCGAGAUGAUGAUGAGGGACGGCACGGUGACUGAUGACCCGGUGAAAUUCGGCGAGAGCUGGCAGGUAGCCAAGACGCCAGGAUGCAGCCAUAUGUGCCGGGGCCGGUGCCCAAAAUGUGACAUCGUGGCACUGCGGAGAUAUGGCAACAAGGAAUUCUGCGGGAAGAUCCGCUCGACGCAGGGUCCGUUCCGGGAAUGCCUGAGCAAGGUCAAUCCCACUCAUUACUUCGAUGACUGUUUGUAUGAUUCGUGCCUGUACAAGGGGCAUCAUGCCAUCCUGUGUGAGUCCCUGGCAGCGUACACCGCAGUCUGCCAGGAAGCGGGGGUACACAUCACCCCGUGGAGGAAUCGCACCUUCUGCCCCAUGCCGUGCCCGGCGAACAGUCAUUAUGAAGCUUGUGGCACCGGUUGCCCUAUGACUUGUUGCACCCUCUCGGAGCCGGAGAGCUGCAAUGUCACCUGUGGCGAGGGGUGCCAGUGCGACGAUGGCUUUGUACUGAGCGGCGAAGACUGCGUGCCACUUGGGAAGUGUGGGUGCCUCUACCAGGACUCCUACUAUCGUCUGGGACAGACCUUCUUCCCCCGUGGAAAGUGUGGUGAGCGCUGUGUCUGCCAGGAUGGUGGCAUUGUGAAGUGCCAUGAGAUGGAGUGUGGUCCAAACGAGGAGUGCAAGGUGGUGGCUGGUGUCAGAGGCUGUUACUCCAUUACCUCGGGCUGGUGCACCAUCGCCGGAGAUCUCCAUUACCGCACCUUCGAUGGAGUCUCCUUCAACUUCCAGGGCAGCUGCACCUACACCCUGGCCACGGUGUGCCAGGGGGGAGAGGAUCUGCCCAAUUUCACCGUCACCGCGAGGAACCAGCAGCUGCAUCCUGAGGAGCGGCCUGUCACCAGCCAGCUGGAGGUCCACGUCCACGGCUACGCCCUUACCCUGGAGAGAAGUGUGCGCUGGAGGGUCAAAGUGAACGGCACGCGAACCAAUCUUCCCCUGAGGCUAAGUGAAGGCAGGAUCAUUGUUUACCAGCUUGGGCACAGGGUGCAGAUCCAAACGGAGUUUGGCCUGAACGUCAGCUAUGACCUGAGCUAUUCGUCCAGGGUGACCGUCCCCGGGAGAUACAAGGGAAGGAUUUGCGGCCUGUGCGGAAAUUUCAACGACAAGAAGGAGGAUGAUCUAGUGUCACCAGCAGGGAAGGACACCAAGGGGGUGACAGACUUUGUUCAGAGCUGGAGUACCCCAGGGCCGGGAGAGGCCUGUAAACAGGUGGACGGGAAGUACCCCCUGCAAUGCCCCAAGAACAAGACGGCCGUGCUCCAGAACGCCAUGUACUGCGAGUUCCUCGGCUUGCCCUCAGGACCGCUCUCGGUCUGCCACAGCACCGUGGACCCCCAGCCCUUCAUCAGGGAUUGCCUGUUUGACACGUGCCAUGCCAACGGGAACACACAGGUCCUGUGCCACAGCCUCAGGGCCUACAUGGAUGUGUGCCAGGCUGCAGCGGGCAUUAACCUCAACAAUCAGGCCCAGAGCAAACUGUGCACGAUGAAGUGCCCGGAAAACAGCCACUACGAGGCUUGUGCAGAUACUUGUGCAACAACGUGUGCUGGAGUGACCGAAUUCGCAAACUGCCCAGAAACAUGCAACGACGGCUGUCAGUGUGACGAGGGCUUCUACGCCAACGGGGACACCUGCGUUCCCAUUGAGAAAUGUGGCUGCUUCGAGAAUGGCCACUAUUACCAACCGAAUGAAGUCAGUAUCCAGGAUAACUGUAAGCUGAAUUGUACUUGUUCCAUGCUCGGUCUGGAAUGUGAGGAGAUGGCGUGUGCAGCGGAUGAGUUCUGUGAGAUUCGGACUGGGGUUCACGGCUGCUACAGUAAGGGUAAGAGCUGUCGUUUGUCUGUUCCCGAGUCUCUGAGUGAUCGGUAA